ACAAGCAGCGACCGUCCUUGCUCAACAACGUGGCGGGAGCCAAAAUGAAUCCGUAAAUUAAACCAGAGUUUUCGUGCUGUGGGCCGAUAAAUGAAAUAAAUCUUUACACGUUGUAUUUUAAUAUGAGCAGGUUUCGUUUAGUAAUGCUACAAAGCAAAAUAGCCGGACUGGAGAUGAUAGAUACGGCAAAACCAACGAGGAAGAGGUCACGCACAGCUGCGAAAGAGGAAACCACGAAUGCCUCCUCACCAUCAACAUACCACACUUUCCAUGAUCCCGCUGAUGUUGUGCUGCUGCGCUCUCAGCUCCUCAACUGGUACGACAAGGAGAAGAGAGAGCUGCCAUGGAGGACUCUGGCUGUGACAGAGUCAGACAGCAACAUCAGGACGUAUGCAGUGUGGGUUUCCGAAAUCAUGCUGCAACAGACUCAAGUUGCCACUGUGAUAGACUAUUACAUCAAAUGGAUAAAGCGCUGGCCCACUGUGCAGGAUCUGGCAGCUGCUACUCUAGAGGAAGUGAACCAGAUGUGGGCGGGUCUUGGCUACUACUCCAGAGGAAGAAGACUGCAUGAAGGAGCUCAAAAGGUGGUGUCAGAGCUCAUGGGGCAGAUGCCUCGCACGGUGGACAGCCUGCUGAAACAGCUGCCUGGAGUGGGACGCUACACUGCUGCAGCUGUAGGCUCUAUAGCACUGGGCCAGGUUACUGGAGCCGUGGAUGGCAAUGUGAUUCGGGUGCUGUGUCGCCUGAGAGCCAUCGGAGCUGACAGCACAGGUCCUGCAGUAACCGAGGCCCUUUGGAGUAUAGCCAAUACACUGGUGGACCCUGAGAGACCCGGGGACUUUAACCAGGCCAUGAUGGAGCUGGGAGCACGAGUCUGCACUCCCAAAGGAGCUCUCUGCAGCCAGUGUCCCGUGCACUCUCACUGCCACUCUUUCCGCAAGGUUAACUUCAAACAAGAGAAAAAUUCCAGGAAGCUCUUGGGAAAGCUGGACAAAAAGCCGUCCACCCUGCCUGAUAUAGAAGACUGUAUAAACAGUGGGACUUGUCAGCUGUGUCCCUCGGAGCCCUGGGACGAUGAGUUAGGUGUUCAGAACUUCCCCAGAAAGCCGGCAAAGAAGCCUCCUCGCGUGGAGAGAACUCUGACCUGUGUGGUGCUCAGACCUGGAGAGCAGGGAGAGGACGAGUACUUGCUCACACAGAGGCCUAAUAAAGGUUUGCUGGCAGGCUUGUGGGAGUUUCCAAAUCGUCUGCUGGAUGAGAAGAGCUCUGAGAUAAAACUGAAGAAGUCGCUGUGUGCUCAGAUCAGCGGGAUACUGGGAACCCAUCUGACUGAGAGCCUCUUCCAGUAUGUGGGAGAGGUGGUUCACAUCUUCUCCCACAUUCACCAGACAUAUGUGGUUUACAGUGUGUGUUUGAAGAACACUGACACACAAACACAGAUUGAAAAUGCACAGUGGCUCACCAGGUCCGCUCUACAGGAAGCUGCUGUUUCCACAGGACUGAAAAAGAUUGUGAAGCUUUGCGACUCUGUGGACAGUCAAAAAGAACAAACUUCUAAGGAUGGGAAAAGGCAGAAGCUGGCCAACACAAAGACUGACAAGAAUCCACAAACCUCAAAAAAAACAAAACAGAGUGCUGCUAAAAGCAGCAGCAGACAGCUCUCCCUUAGCUCCUUCUUCAGCACAGUUAAACAGGAAUCUUGAUGUGUGUGUGUGUGUGUGUGUGUGUGUGUGUGUGUGUGUGUGUGUGUGUGUGUGUGUGUGUGUGUGUGUGUGUGUGUG